ACCUAUUUUAUCACAUCGUCGAAAAUAUGAUAAGAUAGUAAUAUUAACACUGACAGAAACCUUUUCACUCCGACUGUGAAUCAAAGCUGCAGCAAGAUGGAAUCCGGAGAAACUCCAAGAAACCCUUUUGUCCACAUUUUUCACAUGAAUACCUUUCAGAAAGUGAAGAUGAUAUUUGUUGGCAUGACUCUUCUCCCUAUUCGUCUUCUAUUUGCCUUAAUAUGUUUGACCCUGACUACCAGCCUUGCCUACGCUGGGUUGUACAACCUCUCCACAGAGGACAUCGAUAGAAGGCCGUUCACUCACUGGCGGUUAUAUAUACGAAAGGCAAUUUGUAUGAUUCUGCGGUUCAUGUUUUUUGUGUGUGGAUUUCACCGAGUAAAGAUAAUUGGUAAACAAGCUGGUCCCAACCAAGCCAGAAUACUAGCGGUUGCUCCACACUCAACAUUCUUCGAUGCACUUGCUGUAGUUGUGAUGGGAGCUCCGAGUGUCGUUGCUAAAGCUGAGACAAACUCUAUUCCUUUCUGGGGAAGUCUCAUCAAACUCACCCAGCCUGUACUAGUGCAUAGAAUAACUGCCGUUCUCAGGAAUGAUCCGAACUCGAGACAGAACACAAUCCGACACAUCGUGGAGAGAAGUAACCCGGAGCAGGAAUGGCAGCAAGUUCUAAUAUUUCCUGAAGGAACCUGUACAAACAGAUCGUGUUUUAUAGCUUUCCGUCCCGGAGCUUUCCUACCCGGAGUAGCGGUCCAACCCGUUCUUAUCAGAUAUGACAAUGACCUGGAUACGGUUACGUGGACCUGGGAGGGUUUACCCGCCUGGAAGGUUAUCGUGUAUAGUCUCUCCCAACUAAACAUCAACUGCUCUAUAGAGUUCCUUGAGCCGUAUAUCCCUUCCUCGGAGGAAAUUAAAGAUUCAAAACUUUACGCGGAGAAUGUUCGAUCAGUGAUGGCGAAAAAGUUAGAUAUACCAACGACAAACUGCAAUUAUUUCGACUAUCUUCGAAUUGAGAAGUCACAAAGACGAGGGAAGGCUCUUCAGAAACUGCAGCGAAAGUUAGAAGAGUCGUUGAUUCAAACCACCAGCUAUAUAGAUACUCUAGAAGAACCAAGUGUGCAUAGCCAGGAGGAGAGGGACGGGUUCCCCGCUCGGAUAGGUUGCAGUAAUGAUCUACCAGAGCUCUCCGCUGUACUGGAGGAGCUAGAAGGGAAGGAUCUCCGACAUAUUCGUCUUUCCAUUCUCAUCUCAGCCUCUCAGGACUCAUUAUCAACUUUCCUCGAUCAAGCCUUUAUACUGUUUGACAAAGAUCUUGGAAAUAAUCACAUAUCAGAGGAUUCCUUUCUUCAGCUCUUGUCAACACAUCUAUUCUUGUCGAAUAAGGAAUGCAAGGAGACUGCAGAGAGUUUAUGCAAAGAUGCAAUUGUUUCAAAACCUGAUUUUCUCUCUUUCAUCUCGAAAACCAAACCUAAUCAUUUAAAGGUUGUCCGUGGUCUGGAGAAUCAGCUGACAAAAGGAGUAACUGAUCUGUUAACUAAAUCCGCUAGUCUGACCGCUGAGCGGAUGGCCGCUAGACUGGAGAAGGUAGCGGCUAGCGGUUCUAACCUUGUCUCCGACAUGUCAGCAACCGUAGCGGCAGGACGGGAUAAGGUCACAGACGUGCUCUCCAGUGCUGUGACCUCCCUACACAAGAGAACUGGUUCCAACGUGGAGAAAAAGACUGAUUAAAAUACUUAAACUUCUCCGACAUCGUUCUCCUUUCCCUGGAGCAAGAAAGGAAGUUGUUCAUCUAUCUUGUAGCUGGAUACAACUUGUACUUUUCAGUGUACAUUAACUGACGACCAUUUGUUGUACAUAUGUGUGUACACACGUGCCUAACUGUUCACGUUGAGUUUAUAAAUUCAAUCGUUUUACACACCAGUAGUUAUUUUGAUCCUUUUAUUUAUAUAUUUGCACGUGAUAUUUCUUUUUUCCUUGUAAUUGUCUGCACAUUAACUUAAUAACAUUAAUAGAAGUAUUAAUGGAUGCUGGAGGUUUAGCAAAUCUUUACAAAUUACAAGUAUUGACAUUUUUCCAUUCAGGCAAGGAUCUUGACCAAGCCAGUAUUUAACUUUUUCUUGGUUCUCAGACGAUUGG